GAGCUGCAGUAGAAUGUGUCCAUGCAGAGCGGCCAAGAAGCUGUGGCAGUGGACAAGGAUCCCAGGACUCCUACCAGUGUGCGUGAGCCGGCUGUGCCUGUUUGUUCCCUGGAGAGUGGAGUGCUUGAACAGGGAAUCAAAAAGUCCAUAACUGGUGCUGAUGAGAUGCAAUCUACCCAGGAUAAGUGCUCCAAUGGGGCUGCAACAAAGGGCAAAGGGAAGGGGACAGAGGUAGCUGUUGGUGAGUCAUCCAGUGGAGCUGGCAAAUGGGUGGUUAGUAAAACAGAGAGCGGUGCUGCAGUGACCGACCCUCUGGUGGCUCGACCCCGAAGAGGCUGAGGACCGCAAGCUCUG